CUGCCCAGCUUCAAGAUGGCGGCGGCGGAAGUUAUACAUCAGGCCGGAAGCGGCGGACCGGAAGCGGCCGUGCCGGCCAUGAAGGUGCAGCAGGGAUGGCGGCGGGCUGUGCCGGGGCUUGUGCUGCUGCUGCUCCUCGCGCCGCCAUCACGGGCCGUGGAGCCCAUCAGCCUGGGGCUGGCCAUCGCCGGGGCCGCCGCAUCGGCCCUUACCGGCAUCAUCUCCUACCCCAGGCUCUACUGCUACUUCAGGGAGUGCUGCCUCCAGCGCCAUGAGCUGCGCGUCGCCAACGCCCUACAGGAGAGCCUGGACAGAAGGCUGUUCGGGCAGCACCUGGUCAGCAAGGUGGUGGUCAGGGCCGUGCGGGGCUUCCUCAGCAACAGCCAGGCCAAGAAGCCGCUGGCUCUGUCCCUGCACGGCUGGACGGGCACAGGGAAGAACUUUGUCAGCAAGAUCAUCGCUGAGAGCAUCUAUAAGAGGGGGCUGAAGAGUAACUAUGUGCAUCAGUUUGUGGCUACGCUGCAUUUCCCUCACGCUCACAGCAUCAACCUCUACAAGGACCAAUUGCAAUCAUGGAUUCGAGGAAACGUGAGCAUCUGUCCCAGGUCAAUUUUCAUAUUUGAUGAAAUGGACAAAAUGCACGCAGGACUCAUUGAUGCCAUCAAACCAUUUCUGGACUAUUAUGAGCUUCUGGAUGGGGUGUCGUACAGACAAGCCAUCUUCAUAUUCCUCAGCAACGCGGGAGCUGAAAAGAUAACAGAGGUGGCACUUGAUUUCUGGAGGAAUGGGAAGGCGAGGGAAGAUAUUCAGCUCACGGACAUGCAGAACGCGCUGUCUGUGUCUGUCUUCAAUAACAGAAAUAGUGGAUUUUGGCACAGCACCUUGAUUGAUAGGAAUCUCAUCGACUACUUUGUUCCCUUCCUGCCUCUGGAAUACAAACAUGUGAAAAUGUGUGUCAGGGUUGAGGUGGAAUCCCGUGGUUAUGCUGUGGAUGAAGACAUUUUAAACAGAGUAGCAGAUGAGAUGACCUACUUCCCCCGAGAGGAAAGGAUUUAUUCAGAUAAAGGAUGCAAAACUGUGGACGCAAAGCUGGAUUAUUACUAUGACUUAUAAGGCUUUAUUGCUGCAACCUGCAAAGAAGCAAAUUUAACUUGAUCAUGAAGUGGAGAACCCAAGACAUUUCAUUAGUAAACACUUUUUAAUGGAAGGAACGUUGCUGUAACCGGUAUGUAAAGAAGCAGAAGCAUCUCUGCAUCUUAAUUCUGUCACUAAUCACGGCUCCCAGGCAUGUCCUCCUUGUGCCAGCAAGGCCAGGAAGAGCUGCACUGUGAACUGAGGGCUCGGAUGGGGCUGAAGGCUUCUCCCACAUGGAUCAGCAGAACCCCAGGGCUGUUGGUAUGGACGGUGGGAUGGGGAUGUGACCACAUUGUGGUUGUUUGGGUUCCUGUGGGAGUUGUCUUGGCAAUACAGAGAAUCACGAUUGAAAUCCCUGUUUGUGAAAGCCUUCAAUGGGCCCGUGUGGGGACAUUCCUCUGAUGGCAUUACAAGCAGGAGAUGUGGAUUUUCUCAGCUAACUGGGCUCCAGCAGAAAGGGCAGAUUCUGUAAUUAAUAUCUAUGUAUAUAUUGGUAUUGCAUAGCGUUGGAAAGAAUGUCUUUCUCAAAACAGCCAUAUAAAUUGGCUUUCUUUGAGUCACGGUUAAGGAUAUGAAACUGGUGUCGAUGGUGUUCAGUAGGAGGACUUCAUAUUUAGUAGGGAGAGGAAAUGAGUUGAGAGAUCCCUGGCUGUCUCAUCACUGCAGCUGGUCCCAGUUCUGGGUUGUUUCUUUGCUGGAUGGAGUUGUUGCCACGUGCUCUGCAAGGUGUGAUCUUCCUAGGAGAGCAGUGUGUGCUGUGCCUGGUGAGCUGGAAACACUGUGACUUAAUGGGAAACAUGUGCAGGCUGAUCUUACACCCAGGAACUGGAGAAGAGGUUUCUCCUCCCCUGCGUGGAGAGUUCAGAAGGCAGCUUGCAGGGUGUUCCCUGUUCUCACAUUGCUGUUAUGCCUUUGAGGUUUGGGAUGAAGAUGGAUCCAAAUGCAUAUGGAAAAGCUGUGAAAUGCAUCCCCUGAAGUGACUGCAGCCUGUCAGACUUCUUUCUGAACGUGAGCACUGCAGCCUUUUGCAUUCCAGUUUCUAUUCACAAUAAAUUCUUCCCACCAGAAACGUGUUCCUAA